CAGCUGGAAGCUGGGAAAAGAAAAGCAAAUAAGAGGAAUAUAAGUGCACAUAAACUGUUGAAACUGUGAUAACAAAUUUGUUCAGAUUUAAUAAAAACAAAUCAAGUGUUUGAACAACUGUGAAAGUCAAGAGCAAAAGGAUACUGGUUGGUGGAAGAAUAUUCGUGUGGAGCAAAGUGGUGAAGCAAAGAGUGCUGAUAAUCGAUCAGAAAAGGAGUUGGAAAACCGGAAUAUUAACUCGCGGCGAGGAAACGCGCUUUCGGUGAAAAGAGAAGCGCGCAGAGAACACUAGAGCAAAAGAGAAGAUCGGAAAGCGUUCGUCGGUUGGUGCGAUCGAGCGUGGACUAUCGGCGCUUAUUGGUGGUUUCUGAUAUCGAAAAGGAAAGGUUGCAAAAAUGGUCCUAAGAAGCAAGAGCUUUGCCCGCUACAUCUUCCUGAACCAGCACAAAUUGAUCCAGCAGCUGCUGCAGACACAGGUCCGUCUGUGCAGUGGCGGUUCGCAGCAGAUUCAGCAGGCACUGCGCGUGGAGGAUGAUGAUAUGCCCAAGAUCUCCCAGGCCGCUCCGGUGGCGGCUCCGUUCCCGAUGACUCUAGAGCACGCGCCCGAUGUCGGAGAGCAGUUUAAGUACUCGGAUCUCUCGGUGCGUCUGGCCGCUCCGCACCAGCUCUCGCCGAAACCGGACACCGACGAUAUGGCCUUCGGAAAGUACUUCACCGACCACAUGCUCAAGAUUGCCUACCACCGGCGGUUGGGCGGCUGGCAGAAGCCGGAAAUCACCCCGAUGGAAACGCUGAACCUACAUCCCGCCGCCAAGGUGUUCCACUACGCCGUCGAGCUGUUCGAAGGCAUGAAGGCUUAUCGCGGCGUAGAUGGUCGGAUUCGAUUGUUCCGCCCGAAUAUGAAUAUGGCCCGCAUGAACGUCACCGCCUACCGGUCCGGUCUGCCGACGUUCGAAGGAGACGAGCUUACCAAGGCCAUGUGCCGGUUGAUCAUGAUCGACUCGGAGUGGGUACCGCACAUGGAGUCGUCCAGCUUGUACAUCCGCCCGACGCUGAUCGGAAUCGAACCGACCUUGGGUGUUGCUUCGUCGGAUUCGGCUCUGCUCUACACGAUACUGUCGCCGGUUGGGUCGUACUUCAAGCCCGGCUCCGGAGGACUGAAGCUGUAUGCCAAUCCGAAGUACACCCGCGCCUGGCACGGUGGCGUCGGAGACCGUAAGGUCGGAUCCAACUACGGACCAACCAUCCACGUGCAGAAGCAAGCCCUCAAGGAGGGAUGCCACCAGGUGCUGUGGCUGUACGGAGAUGCGCACGAGCUCACCGAAGUCGGUGUGAUGAACAUCUUCAUGCUGUACAUCAAGGAGAAUGGAGAGCGAGAAUUGCUAACCCCGCCGCUGGAUGGACUGAUCCUGCCCGGUAUCACGCGCGACUCCAUCAUCCGCUUAUGUCGCCAGUGGGGCGAAUUCUCCGUCAAGGAGCAGAAGUUCACGAUGCCGCUGGUGCAACAGCUGGCCAAAAAGGGACGGUUGCUGGAAAUUUUCGGCACCGGCACGGCCGCCGUCGUCAGCCCGGUUGAGUGCAUCGCCUACAUGGGCGAGGAGAUCCACGUCCCGACGACGAGUCACGAGUCGCCCCUGUACCAGCGGUUGUACGACACCCUGACCGGCAUUCAGUACGGUAAGAUCGACCAUCCGUGGGCUACGGUUAUAGAUUAAGAAAAACAAAACAACAGGGAUCUACUACUACUACUACUACUACUACUUUAGCUGCUACUAUUACAACUAUUUGGUACUAACUAGUGAAUCAGUAAUCAGUACAGUACUAUUUGAGAUAGACGUGCGUGUGUGAGUGUGUGUGUGUGAGAGAGAGAACGGGAGUCUUCCAGGUUAGGUUAGGAUAUGUUUUGCAUGAUAUUGUAAGCAGAGAAGGAAGGUUAGGAGAGGAAAAAGACACUUUUUAAGUGGAAGUGAUAGCGAGAGUGAGUGAAUGCAGCGGUUAGUUUAGGAAGUUAGAAAACAUUUUUGUGUUUCGGGCGGGUGGUAGUCCGCGGAAGGCAUGAAGCAGUUGAAAUCAACUGAUUGUGAUUUAUCAUCGAUUUUCGUUUUUCAAACUUGUUUAUUGAGACAAAAUUGAGUCUGCCUGUUGAUAGUAGAUCUACUUAUUUAAACCCCGAGAUCAUCUAAAAAAACAUAUCGAAAUUUGCAUGCAAGCAUUUAAUAGAGUAUACGUAAGAAUUGAGCUCAAAUAUCGGCACUAGUUUAACCCAAAAAGACAACAACCACAACAUAAAAUGAUCCCACUCAAGUGAUAGAUAGUUUCGGUUCAGUUGGAAACCGAAGCCAUGAGCCGACUCGAAAGUGAUACGUAAAAGAUGUGUGAACAGAACUCAGGAAAACGUGGGAAAAGAUUUCAGUGUUCGUCCCAUUAUUGACAAAAUCCUUCCGGUAGACCGUGCUUCGGAAAUCUACCGCUCCAAGUUCCUCCAGUCACCCACCCCCUACCAUCAGAUGGAACACAAAAAAAAAAAAAACCACCUGCUUUCCCGAAAACCAGCAGAUGAUUGAAAUCGGACAGAAUCAAAUUAACCCUCCCCCUCCAUCAAAAUUGGUG